UGUUUAUUUUUCUUCAUUUUGCAACUUCACCCCCUCUAAUGUCAGCGUACCAUCACCGAAGUCCGCCUCUGUCACUCAGCAAGAAAAAAGUAUUGCCACAGCAAAAUCGCCGCUCUGUUUACCUCCAUGAAUACCCAAACUUGAUCUCUUCUCUCUUCUUCUUCCUUCUUGGAAUCGAUUUUCCAAAGACAAUGAUACAAUGGACGGCGUUGCCUACUCCAUUUCCAUUCCGUUCAGGUCAGUCGAUUUCUCUUUUCUUCUCCUUAAUCAAAUCUUUCCCAUUUUCUGUAGCUUCUUCUCCUUCUUCUUCUCCUUCAUCCAUUUUGUCACCAGAAGAAUCAGAACCCAUUUCCAUUGACCCACUUUCUUCUCAGCUCCUCAAUCUCCUUUCACACCCAAAUUGGCAAAAACACCCAUCUCUCAAGAAUCUAAUUCCUUCACUUUCCCCUUCUCGUCUCUCUUCUUUCCUCUCACAAAACCCAAAUCUUAACCCCCAUAUCGCGUUUUCCUUCUUUGAUUACCUCUCCCGGAUACCCUCAUUCAAACCCAGUGUUCAAUCUUAUGCACCCCUUUUGCGUAUUUUGAUUUCCAAUAAGCUUUUUCAGGUCGCGGAAAGAACGAGACUUUCUAUGAUUAAAUCAUGUGGAACAACUGAGGAUGUCGUUUUUGUGAUGGGUUUUGUGCGGGAGAUGAAUAAAUGUGAUGAUGGGUUUAGGUUUAAGCUUAAUGGGUGGGGUUAUAAUACAUUGUUGAUGGCGUUAUCGCGGUUUGUUAUGGUUGAUGAUAUGAAAUGUGUGUAUAAUGAGAUGUUGAAUGAUAUGAUUAAGCCUGAUGUUUAUACUUUUAAUACUAUGAUUAAUGGUUAUUGUAAAUUGGGUAAUGUAGUUGAGGCUGAGGUUUAUUUUAGUAAGAUUUUGCAAGCUGGUUUGAGGCCGGAUACACAUACGUACACGUCAUUUAUAUUGGGGCAUUGUAGGAGAAAAGAUGUAAAUAGUGCUUUUAAGGUUUUUAGGGAAAUGCAGAAUAAGGGUUGUCGAAGAAAUGUGGUAUCGUACAAUAAUUUGAUUCAUGGCUUGUGUGAAACGAGGAGGAUUGAUGAAGCGAUGAAGCUGUUUUUGGAAAUGGGAGAUGAUGGUUGUUCUCCUAAUGUCCGGACAUAUACGAUUCUCAUUGAUGCAUUGUGUCGAUUGGAUAGAAGGGUAGAAGCAUUGAGUUUGUUUGAUGAGAUGAGGGAGAAAGGUUGUGAGCCCAAUGUUCAUACUUACACUGUUCUCAUCGAUGGUUUGUGUAAAGACUCUAAGCUUGACAAAGCAAGAGAGUUACUAAAUGUUAUGUCGGAAAAGGGGAUAGUUCCGAGUGUGGUGACAUACAAUGCUUUGAUUGAUGGAUACUGUAAGAAAGGUUUGGUUGAUGUUGCAUUAAGUAUUUUAGACACAAUGGAAUCGAAUAGUUGUAUCCCAAAUGUACGUACAUACAAUGAAUUGAUUUCUGGCUUUUGUAGGGCGAAAAAGGUGCAUAAGGCAAUGUCACUACUUGAUAAGAUGCUUGAGCGCAAACUGUCUCCUAGUAAUGUCACUUUUAACUUGUUAGUUCAUGGACAGUGUAAAGAGGGUGAAAUAGAUAGUGCAUUUAGGUUGCUUAGAUUGAUGGAGGAGAAUGGUUUAGCUCCUGAUGAGUGGACUUAUGGUACUCUAGUUGAUGGCUUAUGUGAAAGAGGUAGAGUUGAAGAAGCUAACACCAUUUUUAGUUCUCUGAAAGAGAAGGGUAUAAAGGUUAAUGUUGCAAUGUACACUGCUCUAAUUGAUGGACAUUGCAAAACUGAAAAAUUUGAUUUUGCCUUCACAUUGUUUAAGAAGAUGAUCGAGGAAGGUUGCUCCCCAAACACAUGUACUUAUAAUGUGCUGAUUAACGGGUUGUGUGAACAGGGUAAGCAGCUAGAAGCAGCACAAUUACUUGAAAGCAUGCCAGAAAGUGGUGUAGAACCCACAAUUGAAUCCUACAGUAUCUUGAUUGAGCAACUACUAAAAGAAUGUGCCUUUGACCAUGCUGACAAAGUUUUUAGUUUAAUGAUAUCUAGGGGACACAAGCCGGAUGUCUGCAUUUACACUUCAUUUCUAGUUGCAUAUCACAAUGAAGGGAAAUUGAAAGAAGCGGAAGAUGUGAUGGCUAAGAUGGCAGAGGCAGGAAUUAGGCCAGAUUUGAUGACCUAUACAGUAAUGAUUGAUGGUUAUGGUCGUGCAGGAUUAUUAAAUCGAGCCUUUGAUAUGCUAAAAUGUAUGUUUGAUUCUGGAUAUGAACCUUCUCAUUACACCUAUUCUGUUUUGAUUAAACAUUUGUCCCAAGGAGGACUUGAUCUCAAAAUAGAGGCCAGUUCCAUUAAUAUUGCUGAUGUGUGGAAAGUAGUGAAAUAUGAAACUUUGCUUAAACUCUUUGAUAAAAUGGAGGAACACGGAUGUCCUCCUAAUACAAACGUUUUUAGUUCGCUUGUUAUUGGUCUCUGUAGAGAAGGACGUCUUGAGGAGGCUUCGAGGUUACUUGAUCAUAUGCAGAGUUGCGGAAUGUCUUCUUCUGAAGAUAUGUACACCUCAAUGGUAAAUUGUUGUUGCAAGUUGAGAAUGUAUGAGGAUGCAACAAGAUUUCUUGACACUAUGCUUACACAAGGUUUUUUACCACGCUUAGAGUCAUACAAGCUCCUUAUAUGUGGGUUGUAUGAUGAUGGAAAUAAUGAUAAAGCUAAGGCAGCCUUCUUUCGACUUCUUGAUUGUGGGUACAAUAAUGAUGAAGUAGCUUGGAAACUUCUAAUUGAUGGCUUACUUAAGAGGGGACUUGUAGAUAGAUGUUCUGAGUUGUUGGAUAUUAUGGAGAAAAAUGGUUCUCGACUUAGUUCCCAGACAUAUACAUUUUUGCUAGAGGGACUUGAUAGAACAGACAACAAAUGAAGUAUGAAGUUCCAGCUAUUUGUGAUUCUAUUCCAUAUGUUUGUUCAGUCAAGCAUGUCCACAACUAAAUCUUCACUUGCACCUUAGUACCCUGUAGCCCGAAUAAUGAUUUCUCAUUUCCAUUCUUAUGGGCUGUUCUUUUUAAGGGGAAUUUGCCUUCCAUGAGAUCAGUUUGGAGUCCCCAUAUGGUAUAUGCAGCUACGUCUGACAGGUAUGUUGAUCCAUGUGAUUAAUAUAUUGCCUUUCUCCAUAAAUCAAUUUGCAACGAACCAGUAGAGACAAAAGGGGGAGUGCCAGCACUUGAUGUGCCAGAAUUGUUGGCAUAUUAGUUAGGCAGUCGCGCCCAUUUCUGGAUCAAUUUGGAAUAAGAAAAGGAACAUUUUCAUCUUGUGUGAAUUCUGCAGUAGGACUGUUACUUACAGGCUUUCAACCAGUAAAAUGGGAUAGUUUCUCCGUCAUUUAUCCUUGACAUGUCCAGCAUGAAGCAUUUACAUGAUAUACUGUGAGUAAUAGACAGAUGUUAGUUGGAUGUCAUAAUUUAACAAUCAAGCUUGAUGUGUCGAUGGACACUAUAAGUUAUCUUCUCUGGCUCUUAAAUUUAUUUAUCAGAAAAGAUUGUGAUGUCUGUGCAGCAAGGGUCGAAGCAAACUUUUACUACGCCACUUACCCGGAGGAGGGUCCUCAUGGUUGAAGGUGAAAUUAUGAAUGAUGAUCUGGAUAUAAGAACCAUGGUCAUUGUUAUGAAGGUGGAUUUUGAGGAGAUUCUACCAAGCAGAAUCUAUCAGAUGAUAGAAGGCAUGUAGUCACAACGGCUAGCCUUCCUUCGAUAACAGGAACUGCUGUAAAUCUUCUAUUCCGAGCAGCUCACUUAGCCAGAUCAGAAAAGCAGAAUUCUAUGUUACUGGUUCCAUGGCUAUGUAAAUCUGACCAAGAGCUAAUUUUUCCUAACCAUCUUUCAUUAAGUUCUCCUGAAGAUCAGGACCUUUAUAUAUGCAAUUGGCUUGAGGAGCGAAUUGGUUUCAAGGCUGACUUCAGGAUUUCAUUUUACCCUGGAAAGUUCUCCAAAGAAAGGCGGAGUAUAAUACCAGCUGGAGAUACUUCUCAGUUUAUCCCGUCAAGGGAUGCCGAUGUUGCAAAAUUUUAGAGGAGCCAGAACAUCUCAGUUGGUACCACCCAGGCAAAUGUUGGAGUGAUAAAUUUAAAUCAUCUUGUCGGCGUUGUCCACACAAACUAUUUGGAAUAUAUCAAGAGGGAAAUGAAUGGGGCUCUUCAAGCUUUUUUUGUGAAACACAUAACAAUUGGGUAACGAGAGCAUACCAAGACAAGGAUUUACUCAAGUUUUUGGUCUGCAAUGUUCAUGGUGUCGGUCCAAAGUUUCUGAAAAAGGAGAAAAAGUGGCAGCAGAUAGAUGAAGCGACCAGCAAGUUUUCUCUAAUUGAGCAUCUUUCUUAGGCAAAAUGGUCUGGGCGAAUAUACUGGGAGUUGAUAGAUCUCUUAAGCAAAGCACAAGAAUGACCUUAAUGGCUUUAAUUUGGAGGUAUAUGGCAAUGGGGAAGAUGCUCAUGAGGUGCAGAGUACAGCAAAGAGGCUAAAUCUUGAUGUCAGCGUCAUGAAAGUAGAGACAAUACAUAUGAUUCUCUUCAUGGUGCUGCGCUUUGCACUACCAUGGCUGAGCUCUUGCAAAUGGGGAAAUUUGGACCACUGUCGGAUGAAUUUUUCCAGGUAUUCCCAAACCUGCUAGACUUACACGAUGCCUGAAGACUUUGUAGCAAAAUUUGAAGAGAUAAUGUCUGGUAGCCUCAAACGAUACAAGCUUUCAUGAGAAGCUGCUACACAGAUGUUCAUGGAAUAUUCUGACCUCGAUAAGGUUUUGACUGGUGAAACCAGACUAGACAGGAGACGUCGGAAGGGCCCUAGAUUAAUCUUGUAAUGCUAGGCUGGUAACACUACAAAUAUAAGAAGACAACUCAUGUGUGCUGGCUAAUUAUGCUGAAUGUCUUGUUUAAUUGUUCUAUUAUCAAACUUUUCUCAA